AUGCCUCAUUCCUUGGGGUCCUGUGUUCUGCUUAAGUCUACUGUUUCUGUGAAAAUGCACCGCUUCCCUUUUGCCCCUCCUAACUCGCGAGCAGCAGUCUCCUCUCAUCCUUCAAGCGAUUCGCCACACGAUUCUCCGAUUGAAGCUCAACCCCAUUCGACUGAUAACUUUUGUCCCAUCAAAAAGGUGUCCUUGGGCCUUUCUGACAUGCCCCAAAUAGGCAAUACCUGGCUUCGACUCGUACGUCUUCGACAAUCUCAGAUGCAUCUAUUUGGGGAUUCUCCUGUUGGAGACAAGAGACAACUAAGCGAAGUCAAGUUCACCUCUCCAGACAACUACACAAAAUGUUCUACUGAACAUACCACCUCAUUUGAAGCCACACCUGACGCUUUACCUGACAUAAUUGAAUCAUCCUGCACUAAUACUGAGCGAACAGGGAUCAACUGUUCAGCACUUAAUAUUUUGCGUAACGUUCCCAUGAAAUCAGCUUUUGAUGCUCUUCAUCGUCACUUCUUGCAAGAGCAUUAUGCUCUGAUUGAAGGGCUAUCUACAUUUCUAGAACUGAUCAAUGCCUGGCUGGGUGAGUUACCGCCUCUAUUGCUAAAUGAAAUCACAAUGCAAGAGAGUGAAUUUGAUGAAGAAGAGGAAGACAAACCAAAUCCAAAAAUAAAGGAUAAAGAAAAAGAGGCAAUAACAAAAGUGAAAGGAGAUAAUGACGGAGAGGAAACUGUUGAUAAUUAUGAUAAAGGCGAAAACCAAAGUACCUUAGACAACGAGCACGUGACAUCUAGCUUUGAGGAAGAGAGGUCGGGCUCCGCCGAAUUUGAUUUUAGCCUGAGGUUAAAACCCCCAAGGCGAGAGGAGCCCAGUUUGCCGAUGUCCGUUCCUCCCGCUAGUCUGACUGUUAGAGCUGGAGAAAAGGAGCUGACCGCCAAUUGCAGUGCAGGUGCCGCCAUCAAUGUAUUAAAGACUUUUGCAAUUGACACAGAUUUAACUGAUACCUGUAAUGCAGCAAAGGAGAUUAAUCACCAAAGCAGCAGAUUGCGGGGCGAGUUUGCGGCAUCUCCUAAGGAUCAAUUUGGUAGGCCUAAAAGUGCUAAUAUUAUAUCAACUUAUUGA